AGUGAGAGCUCUUCGCCCAUGUCUUCUCUCUCUACAGGCACGCGGGCUUCUCUUCUCUAUGCAUGAUUGUUGUGGCUCCUCGACAUCCGGAGAAAGUUCGCCUCACAGUCAGUUCAUUUUAUUUCGCUGUAAUAUUAAAUAAGCAUGGCGGAUUCUCAAGAGGACAAGCUGUACAAAGCGGAAUAUGCCAAAAGCGGCCGUGCAUCGUGCAAGAAAUGCAAAGAAAACAUAGCGAAAGACUCGCUGAGAAUGGCCAUCAUGGUGCAGUCACCCAUGUUUGAUGGGAAAGUCCCCCACUGGCACCACUUCUCUUGCUUCUGGCUGCGAGCAGCGGCUCAGUCCACGGCUGAUAUUGCUGGAUAUUCUGACCUCCGCUGGGAUGACCAGGAGAAGGUCAAAAAGGCCAUUGAAACUGGUGGAGCAACAGGAGGAAAAGGGGACCAGAAGAGUGGAGCUAAAGGAGAGAAGACACUAAAUGACUUUGCGGUUGAAUAUGCCAAAUCGAACCGCAGCACAUGCAAAGGCUGUGAUCAGAAAAUAGAAAAGGAUCAGAUCCGUGUAUCCAAGAAAACUGUGGACCCAGAGAAGCCCCAGCUGGGUCUUAUCGACCGCUGGUACCACACUGCGUGUUUUGUGAGCCGUAGGGAGGAACUGGUCUUCAAGUCUGAAUACAGCGCCGUCCAGCUGAAGGGUUUCAACGCACUUCGGACAGAAGACAAGGAGGAACUUAAGAAGAGGCUCCCUGCUGUCAAAACUGAAGGGAAGCGUAAAGCUGAUGAGGUGGAUGGACCAUCAAAGAAACAGAAGAAGGAGGAAGAGGCGGAGAAGAAGAAGCUGGAGGAGCACUUGAAGAACCAAAGCCAGCUGAUUUGGGGCGUCAAAGACAAGCUGAAGAAGUUUUGUUCAAUCAACGAUAUGAAGGAGCUGCUGAUUGCAAAUGGCCAGGAUGUUCCCUCUGGAGAAUCCAAUGUGGUGGACUGCCUGGCCGACGGCAUGGCUUUUGGUGCUCUUGAGGCCUGUAAGGAGUGCACGGGCCAGCUGGUGUUUAAGGGCGAUGCUUAUUACUGUACAGGGGACAUCUCAGCCUGGACGAAGUGUGUGUUCAAAACCACAACACCCAUACGCAAAGACUGGGUCAUCCCCAAGGAAUUCCACGAAGUUCCCUUCCUGAAAAAAUUCAAGUUCAAGCGACAGGACAGGGUUUACCCGAAGGAGGCUCCCACCAAAACCCUCACCGCAGCCAAAGCACAACCCAUGGCGAGUGCAUCCAGUGCACCGACUGAGCGACUGCCAGAGGGAGCACCUGCAGACAAACCUCUUACUGGUAUGAAACUCUUGACUGUGGGGAAGCUGACUAAGAACAAGGAUGAUCUAAAGGCGGCUGUAGAGGAGCUGGGUGGAAAGAUUACCAGCACAGCCAAUAAGGCCUCUCUCUGCCUCAGCACCAAGAAGGAGGUGGAGAAGAUGAGUAAGAAAAUGGAGGAGGCGAGGGACGCUGGCGUGCGCGUGGUCUCCGAGGAUUUCCUCACAGACAUCAAGUCGUCGGGUAAAGCCUUCCAGGAACUGGUUUCCCUGCAUGCCAUUUCACCCUGGGGUGCAGAGGUCAAAGUUGAGGCUCCAGCUGCAGCUCCGUCUGCGGCCUCCAAAUCUGGAGUGCUGGCUACCAAAAGCACAGGCAGGGUGAAGGAGGAGCAAGGUGGUAGCAAAUCUAAGAAGAUGAAACUCACAGUCAAAGGAGGAGCUGCUGUGGAUCCAGAUUCAGGUCUGGAGAACAGCGCUCAUGUCCUGGAGCAGAGCGGGAAGAUGUACAGUGCUACGCUGGGUCUCGUGGACAUUGUCAGAGGAACUAACUCCUACUAUAAACUGCAGCUGCUGGAGGAUGAUGUACAGAAACGGUACUGGGUGUUCAGGUCAUGGGGCAGAGUGGGUACCACCAUCGGAGGCAAUAAGUUGGACAAGUUUCAUGACAAAAACUCUGCCCUGGACAACUUCCUGGGUGUCUACAAAGAGAAGACGGGCAACGACUGGAGCUGCUCCAACUUCACCAAAUAUCCCAAUAAGUUCUACCCCCUGGAGAUUGACUAUGGACAGGAUGAGGAAGCGGUGAAGAGGCUGACGGCAACCGCCGGCACCAAGUCCAAGCUAGCCAAACCCGUCCAGGAGCUGAUCAAGAUGAUCUUCGAUGUAGAGAGCAUGAAGAAGGCUAUGGUGGAAUUUGAGAUUGACCUCCAGAAGAUGCCCCUUGGAAAGCUGAGUAAGAGGCAGAUCCAGAGUGCCUACGCUCUCCUCACUGAAGUCCAGCAGGCUGUGUCAGAAAGUGUGUCUGAGGCCCACAUCCUGGAUCUCUCCAAUCGCUUCUACACCCUGAUACCUCACGACUUUGGUAUGAAGAAACCCCCACUGCUCAGCAGCCUGGACUACGUUCAAGCUAAAGUUCAGAUGUUGGACAACUUGUUGGACAUUGAAGUGGCAUACAGCCUGUUGAGAGGAGGGGCCCAGGACAAUGAGAGUGAUCCCAUCGACAUCAACUAUGAGAAACUUAAAACAAAGAUUGAGGUUGUUGACAAGACUACAGAUGAGGCUAAGAUCAUUUUGGAUUAUGUUAAGAACACCCAUGCUGCUACACACAACACUUACACACUGGAAGUGCAAGAGAUCUUCAAAAUUGCUCGAGAGGGAGAGCGCCAACGGUACCGUCCCUUCGAGGAGCUACAUAAUCGCCAGCUACUGUGGCACGGUUCUCGCACCACCAACUACGCUGGUAUCAUGUCUCAGGGUCUUCGCAUUGCCCCUCCAGAGGCCCCAGUGACUGGUUACAUGUUCGGCAAAGGUGUGUACUUUGCCGACAUGGUGUCUAAGAGUGCAAACUACUGUCACACCUCCCAGUCAGACCCUGUAGGCCUCCUGCUGCUGGCCGAGGUUGCCCUCGGCAACACACAUGAAUUGAAGAAGGCAUCCCACAUAACAAAAGUACCUAAGGGCAAGCACAGUGUUAAAGGUUUGGGUCGAACUGCUCCUGAUCCAGGCGCAACUGUCACUCUAGACGGUGUGCAAGUGCCUCUGGGAAAAGGAGUCAACACUAACAUUGAUGACACAAGUCUCCUGUACAAUGAGUACAUUGUGUAUGAUGUGGCGCAGGUAAACAUGAAGUAUCUCCUGAAUGUCAAGUUUAACUACCAGACGUCCCUGUGGUGAGAGGGGCUGUGUCCGAACCCUGUUCAGUGAAAACAAAGACCACGGUUGCCUCCAAACGCCUGGGCUUCAUUCGACGUUUGACAAAGAAGUGAUGCUUUCUACACUCGUCAUUGAGAAAUCUCUAGUCACUUUAUUUCUUUUUUAUCGGGUUUACUAGCUGGCAGCCUUUCAUCUUCUUAGUAACGCAUUAGGUACUUAAAUACCUACUUCAGAAUUACUCAUAAGACAGAAACAGAAAUCAAAGUUCAAUAUAGUGGUUGAAGCGCGGUGCAUACUACAUAGAAAGGUUUUGGUUUAGAACAUCAGAAAAUGUUUUUAGUUUUCUGUCUCACAUGGUAUGGUUAUCUUGAAUUUAAAAAGAAUCUUAUUACUUCAUUCUUUAAUGAACCCGUAGUUAAUAAGGCUUAUUACUAUACGUUUUAAAAGGAGUUUUGAGUUGUGAACAACCAAUCUGCAGACGUACACAAACCAGUAGCUACUCAGAUGAAGAUUUUGUGGACUGUUGGGUUUAAAAUACUGUUCAAGGUUUGACGUGUAUAUAUUUGUUUUGUUUGUCUCUCAAGCUGCCUUCCUUGCAGAAAAGGAAACAAAUAUAAACGUGGUUUGUGUUUAUGCAAAGUAUUAUGUAAGAGAAACGACUGACAUGGUAUAUGGCACCCUUUUUCUUAGUGUUUUUCUCGCUUACCCCAAAUACAAUAAAAUGUUGAGAGUCCUCAAAAUGUCA